UGCUAUUUUAAGCAACUUGUGCAGGAUGAUGGAAGACUUCAGAAAUAUUGCGGAUGAGACAUUUCCAAGCUUCUUAGGCCAUUCAUUGAGUAGCAGUGCAAGUGUCACUUUUGAAAAUGUUACUGUUUCCUCAAACCCUGGCUUACCUGUUGCAGCUUCAACUGUUGCCAGGAGUAAAAUAGGCUGUGACAACAGGCUUUCUGAUAUCUGUGCAUCCUAUUUAGAAGGGAGACAUUCACCUCCAUCAGGAUCUUCUCACAGUAGUCAGUCAGAUCCUGAGCCAAUGGGGAGAUUUGCUCUCAGCUUUCAUGAUGACAUGGAAGUUGCUACACAAGUUAAAGAACCUCAGCCAGAUUCUGUUAGUUUGAAAGAAUCCCACUCAAUAUAUGGAGAGAAAGAUCAGAAUGUCAUUGAACAUUCAAAUCGCAGUCAAGGUACCUUACUUGAGGCAUUGCCACUUGAACGAUUGGAAGAUUUGUCAACUGGAAUAUGUAUUCUUCCAGACAGUAAGAAUAACAAGGUUGGUCCAUCUGAACCUUCUGAAAAGCUGAUAGAAGGUGAAAUCUCAAGUGAUCAUCUUAGCAAUAGCCUUUCAAGUUUUUUGGAAAAUGAGAAACUCUCAUCUCUUGCAAGCUCAGAAGAAGAUUCCACUGAUGAUGAUAUUGAUGAUGAAGAGUUCUUUGAUAACCAACUAGAAGCCUAUUUUGAGCAGCUGAUAGAACCAGAAAUGACAAGAGGAGACACUGACAUUCACAAACUCUCAGAAUGCUGUACAGCGUUGAAGCUUUCUGAAAAUGGCUUACUUCAAGAGAACUUUUGGGUUCCUGACACUUGCCAGGCUGUGACAGGAGUAGACUCUGGAAAUGCUAGUGAUGAAGAUUCACAAAAUCAAGGGAUAACUGGAGGUCCUGUGCAAAAAGAAAUGCUGCCCAGAGCAGUACGACAACUGAAUUCCAUGACUACUGGAGAUGUGCUAGAUUCCUGCACUGCUGCUGAGUUGCAGUUAGAUUCACUGUAUCUUCAGUGCCUGGACAGCCAUAAAGCUGAUGUCUCGGAUGUCCUUCCAAAGCAAGAAAUACAGUCCUCUGAGUGUCAGGCUGCUGCUUCUGAUGCAGAAGUACUACACACAGCAAGAGGAUUUUUGGGACACUACAUCACUCCUAAAGUUCUUCUUAGUGCAAAUGCACCUCAGACAGAUGCAACUGAAUGUAAAGUUGGUCUUCCUGAUACUUACCUGUCUCCAACUGCAGACAGCUGUGAGAACAUAAGUUUAGCUACAACAGACAAAGGUGAUUUACCACACAGCAUUGUCUAUCAAAAUGAAGAAGGCAAAUGGGUGACUGAUCUUGCAUAUUAUACUUCAUUUGAUGAAGAACAAGAUUUAAAUCUGUCUGAAGAUGAUAAAAUAAAUGAGGAGUUCAUUACUGGAUCUGAAGCAGCAGCUAUGAUUGCACAAGACCAGGAAGAAUUUGAGAAAGCACACAAACUUGUGCAGGCAGAAAAAGUAGACAUUCUAAAUGCAUCUGAAUUAGCAGAUGCUUCGUGGAAAUCUGCCAAUAGCUGCAUUCUGCUGAGAACAUCUGAUCUUGAUAAAGAUGCCAGUUAUUUACGUUUGUCUUUGGGGGAGUUUUUUGGUCAGAGAUCUGAAGCUCUUGGUUGUCUUGGUGGAGGCAGUGAUGUGAAACGGCCAUCUUUUGGUUACUAUAUUACAUCUCCAAAGAAAAGGCAACCUGUUGCUUUGCUGAGGCAAUCUGAUUCAUCAGGAGGUGACACCGGCCAAGAGAUUUUGCAAUUGUCUGAGGUGUUUCCAGAUGACUUAGAAGCACAAACAAAAGAACAUGCAAAUUCUACCAUCUGUGAAGGUGCAUGGCAUACGAUGGAUACUGCAGCUGGAAUACAUAAAAGCAUUAAUACAGAAGCUGCUACCAGAAGUAAAGCAAAGGACGGAAUUCAUAAAGACAAGUUUGGAGAUGGUUUAUCUAAUCAUUCUGACUCUGUCCUGAGUAUUAGCAUGAUUGCAUCUGCUAUUGCUAAUGCUUCCUCCAGUGCUGAUCCUUCCCAGCUAGCUGCUAUGAUGAUGGCACUCUCUAAUAAAAGUAAAAGAACAUGUUUCCUUCCGGGAAUUGUUAAAGAGACGGAACUCUCUGCUAGUCAGGUAUUAUCCAGCAAUGUGGAAAAUAGCGCAUUUGAUAUGGAAAAAUACCUCAAAAAAACAGAUGAAAUCAUACAUGAAAGUGAAUAUGAGAGUACUGUGAAACAUGAAGCAUCUGUCCAGAACCUUGUGCCUGAUACCUUUUUACUGGGUAAAGAUAAAAAUAAGGAUACUCUUGCAGAAGACUUGGUAAAUAAUCAUAGCAAGGAGCAAGAAAUAGAGAAGCGAUUUCUGGAUUGUUUUAAUGAAGAACAUGAUAUUCGGAAUUUCUCUAGUCUGUCUAGUGUUCCCAACCAUGAAGAUGUUACUGCAAAUAGUGUUAAAUAUUCAGAGAAGUUGUCCAAUUUAGUAAAUAGUAAACAUUUACAGUCAGUGAAUGCUGAUCUUAGAUCAGAUAUGCUUGAUACCCAAACCUCACCUACUGGAAAUGAAGCACAGAUGUGUGGAAUUCCUUUAGCAUCAAAAAUGGAAGUGGCACAGAGAAGUCCGCUUGCUUACUGGACCAAUGAUCUCACUAGUAGAUGUUGUAUCAGGGAAGACACAGAAACAGUAGAUCAAGCAACAAAUGCUGUUCCUGAAUCAUGUAAUGAUUUGGUGGAGAGAAGUACAGGAAAUACUCUGUCACUCAGCAACUUAAAACCUGCCGAGCAAUCUAGUAAAUAUGUCUCAGUAAGUCCUACAAAAGCAAAGCCUACGCAGAAAUUGAACAAUGAUGAAAAGAAGCAAAAUGCAAAAAUAGAGAAGAGAAACAAAGAUGCCAGUACUGCUUGUGGUGGGAAUGCAAAACAUGUAACUUUUGAGAAGCUCUCCCCAACUUCCCAGACUAGUACUGAGCAUAAACCCAUUCUACCUGAAUGUGACUUGCAGCCUCUGGAGGAUGAGCAGUAUAGCUUCAGACCUUCAACUUCACCACUAAUUCACUCUUCUCCUAGUGAGACUUCUGGAACAGCAUUUUCAGGGUCUGAAACUGACUUUACUUGCAUGUCAUGUUAUCAGGAAUCUUCUUGCAAAGAGAGUGUACUACCUCAGUCAGUUUACUCAAGUCCUAGCAUGAGCAGAUUAACAUAUGUCUCUGCAUCUGACAGCACCCUUAAGAACACAGCUGUAAUACAUAAUCCGGGGACAUACUGGGGUGAAAAUGCUAGUGAACUGAGCACAACAAUAAUUCGAGCCAGCCCAACUCCUUCGCAGGAACAUACAAAUAAAAAUCUAGAAGACCACUCAUGUCAAAGAAAUAGAAAAGAAGCACUGCUUAGUAUUGACCAGAAAUCAGAAGAAAAUGAACUUGCAGGUCUUCAAAGAAAACUUGAUGAUGUACUGGGUCAAGAACUGUCCAAAGAAGGUUUUCCGAAGAAUGAAGAGCAUCUUGCAUCUAUUCCUUCAAAUGUAGCAGCAAAUCAUAAAGAGCUAGACCACGUUAAAUCAGCUUUACCAAGUAAAUUCUGCAUCUUUCAGCCACUUUCUGUUAAUGUUGAUGCACAAGAAGCGUGGCAGGAUCAAACAAGCAAAGCACAGAGACAAGGAUUACCAUCCUUGAAUAUAGUACCUGUAUAUCCUGGAUUAAGCACUUGUAUGCCAUUCAGUCAAAACUCAUCUGGUGAACAAUAUGUUCCUAUUUCAAGCUUUAAAUCCCAUGUCACUACCUCUGAGAGUCAAGCAAUUUCUUCUUCUGUUCCCACGUUGCUUACAGGACGUUCUCUUGCAACGACUCCAUUUGCACAACAGCAUCUGGGAAAUAUACCAUCUACUGGAAAUACAGUUUUGUCUCAGUUUCAUGGCUGCAGCUCUGCAAGUUUUGGUCUUCCAGCAGGGCUUCCUUGUUCUGGUAUCCCAGCAGGACAUGUUGAGAAUCCACUUAUGGUAGGAAUUCCUUUAGGUCCAAAUAUUGGUCCUGGCUCUUUGGGUGCAGCUUCACUUUGUAAUCCACACUCUACUUCCUGGAACAAGAAUAUCUUAAAUAUAAAGUCAUGUACUGGACAACCUCUUGGAACUGGUAGAAAUGAGUGGGAGUUACCAAAGUCACCUGGUAUUGGACAUGUAAAAGUACCAGAAGAAUUGAAGUUCCCUAAUGCCUGUUGCGUGGGAAUUGCAUCGCAGACUGUUCUUAGCAUUUUUAAUCCAACUGAACGGUGGUUGCAGGUCAGCAUUGGAGUACUCAGUGUUUCAAUUAAUGGGGAAAAGAUGGAUCCUGUGAAAUAUCAAUGUCUGGUUUUCAAGAACAAAACCAUCGUAGGAUCCUAUUCUACAAAUGAUCUGAAAAUACUUUUCUUACCUUGUCAUUCGGGGAUCUUUCAGUGUAUUCUCAAUGUUUCAUCUUGGCCAGUUUCUGCAGAUGCCGAGACAAUCGUUCAGGCAGAAGCUUUGGCAAGUAGGGUAGUUCUAACAGCAGUCGCUGAAAAUCCUAAUUUAGAAGUGGAAACAGGAAAAAGAGAUUAUCUGGAUUUUGGUGACUUGACUUCUGGCAGUUGGAAGGCUCUUCCACUAAAGCUUAUCAACAAAACCCAUGCUUUUGUGCCAAUUAGACUUAUUAUUAAUGCUAAUGCAGUAGCUUGGCGUUGCUUCACAUUUUCCAAGGAACCAGUUAAUCCUUCUAAUGAACAAUCGCUUCAAAUGGAUGCAGUUUCUCAGAUAGCAGCUCCAUCAGUUGUAAAUCAUGUGAUACAUGCAAGCUAUGAUGGGCAAGAUCCUGAAGCUUUAACAGUUUGGGUUCUGUUCCAUGCACCUAAGAAACAGAUUUCUUGUUCAGAUUCCUUGGGUCCAGCAGAUGAAUUCUUGGCAAGAGUUGAUGUGGAAGUGGAUAGUCCAGGACCUACCAGUGUGAUUAAAAGUGUUCCUCUCCGAGCCAGAGCUGGAACAGCAAGGAUACAUGCUCCAAAAGACUUACAGACAAUAUAUCUGUGUACUAGUGUGGGUUCAACAGCCAAACAGCAGCUGCCAUUGAAAAAUGCUGGAAACAUUGGUGUAUAUUUGAAAGUUAAGACAUCAGAUCAGGACAGCUGCUUUGCUGUUGAACCUGAGGAUCUUUUCCUUCUUCCUGGAGAAGAACGAGAAGUGACUGUCCUGUUUUGUCCAAAAACCAUAACGACUACAGAAAGUACUUUGAAAAUCCUUGUGCUGCCAUCUGGGCCUCAGUAUGAAGUGGUGAUAAAAGGUGAGGCGGAGUCUGAGGAAAACAGACCUGUGUCUACAGCUGCUGGCUGCUCAGACAUCCCGCCCAUUCUCUCCAACAAGCAGUUCAUUGCCUGGGGAGGAGUAACACUUGGAGCAUCAGUCCAGCAGAAGUUAACUCUAAGAAAUGACUCUCCAUCUGUGACCCAGCAUUUAAGACUGUUGAUAAGAGGCCAGGAUCAAGACUGCUUUCAGCUGCAAAGUAUAUUCGGAUCAGAAGAACGCUUAACUAGUAAUUGGGAACUCAAAAUCCGUCCCAAAGAAGAUACUAACAUAUACUUGAUGUUUGCACCUACUCGAAUAACUUGCUUCUUUGCAAAGCUGGAAAUCAAACAGCUGGGGAUUCGAUCACAGCCAGGAAUUAAGUUUACUAUACCGUUAUCUGGAUAUGGAGGAACAAGCAAUAUAACUUUAGAAGAUGUUAAAAAACUGUCAGAUAGUUACAUGGUAACACUGGAUGGGUUAUUGCCUGCAAGAUUAAGGAAAGCUUCCUUCCGCAUAAGAAAUACAGGUUCUAGGGCUGCCUAUGUUAAAGCACUGUGCUUUGCAAACCUACAGACAAAAACAGUUAUGGAUCCUCAGGUAAUGAUGGUAUCUCCAGAGAAGUUUGUACUAAGAGAAGGAACGCAUGAAAUGAUUACUAUAACAUGGAAUCCAAUGGAAAAGGAAAAGAACUUCCAUAAAACAAACACAUUGGUAUCAACAGUAUGUUUUUUUUGUGGAGAUGAAGUUUCUAGGCAGCAGUAUCGUAGAGCUAUGAUGUAUAAACCUGAGGUAGAAAAACACAUAAUCCCAGAAAACAGCUUAUUGAGAAACAUUGUAUUUGAUGAAGAAUUUCAAGGGGAGCAGCUUGUGACAGAAGUAUGUGAUAUCCCACGGGGGACAAAUGAUAUCCAUCUGUUCUAUGCAAAUAUGCGAAAGGUUAUCCUUUCUGUGGUUGGUUAUUCUACUCUUGAUCAGGAUGGAUUUCAGCAGUCUCCUGGACAUCAUUUGGAAUCAGACAGUCUUAUUUUCAGAUUUGAGAACUCUGUCAGACAUAUCAAUGCAACUUUGGAUGUUCUUCCUGUUAAAGGACCUCAGGGUCCUCCAUUACCUGUAAAAACUGAUGGUCUGGUUCAGAAUAAAUCAGAUGCUCAACAGACUUGGGCUGUUAAACCUGAGUACUUGACUUUUACAUCUCCUUCUAUUAGUGGAACAGCGGAUACUGGACAUGUACAAAUUGUCAACAAUUCUAAUAGGAUGUUGGCAUUUGAGCUUUCAUGGCCAGCUCACUGCCUCACUAUAACCCCACAACAUGGAGUUAUUGAACCAGAGAGCAGUAGACUAAUUCUGGUGAGUCCUAAUCCAUCACUUGCCACACAGCCUUCAUUAAUUCCUUGGAGUGGCCUAAUAUAUAUCCAUUGUGAUAAUGGACAAAAGUUUAUUAAAGUGCAAAUUCGAGAGGCAGUCACACAGAGUGUGUCUGGAGCAGACUUUCCAUCUAGAAGACGUGCUAUAUUUACUCCACAGUCUGAAAGUCCUACUGUUCAUGUGGCAAAGCCUCUGUCAGUGCUCCCUCUGACAAAAAUGGCAAUAAAGAACAGAACUGUUGUUUUUCCUAAAACAAGACCUGGCCAAAGCUCAGAGAGUUACCUGGAAAUGGAGAAUAAAGGGGAUGAAAAUGUCAAGUGGCAUUUGUCAUCUUUUGCACCACCCUAUGUUAAAGAUGUGGAUGGAACUGGUUGUGUUUAUAGGGUUACUUACUCCGCUUUCAGAUGUUCCCGUGUUUCUGGUACUCUUGAAGCUCAUGGAGAAGAGAAGGUUGCUGUAAUCUUUUUACCUAGAGAUAAAGGGGAUUACUCCCAGUUCUGGGACCUUGAGUGUCACCCAGUUGAAAAACCUAGUUGGAAACACAAAUUAAGAUUUCAGCUUUCUGGAGCAGGUACUAAAACAGAAAAUGAAACUUCAAUUGUGAAAGCUUCUGCAAGUGCCCUCACAAAAACUAAGCUUCCAGUUAUACCAGAAAUGAAAGCUUACUCUGAAGCACGUACAAUUAAAGCAGGACAAGAUGAGAUAAUUCGAGGGGUAUACGCACCAGAAGACCUGUACACUUUUCCUCCAACUAGAGUUGGGGAAUCAUGCACAUUAAAGGUCAACUUGCGAAAUAAUUCCUUUACAACACACUUGCUGAAAUUUGUAAGUCCCAGAGAGCCUUUCUACAUCAAGCACUCGAAAUACUCUCUAAGAUCCCAUCAUUACAUCAAUGUGCCAGUCCAGUUCAAGCCAAAGGCAGAAGGAAAAUUUGAAGGUCUCUUCGUUGUGCUGACGACCAAAUAUGGCUCAGUUAAUAUUCGGCUAUGUGGUAAAGCUAUUGCAAAAAAAUAGUCAGAACAGUUUUAUAACUGUUUAUAAUCAUUUAUAACAGUUUAUGCCAUUUAAAAUAUUCAAAGAUUUGCUACUACAUUUCCAUACUAACGUCCUACUUGUUUUGCCCUGUGAUGCUGCUUUGAUGGAAGGUCUUCUGUAAGAUGAAUUAUGGUGCUUGUUUUACAAAUCUGUUUUCAUAGCAAAAACACUGAGAAAUAACGUUGUAUGUUUUAAAGUUAUCAUGUUCUAAUUUAUGUUUCUGCACUUUUGUUGAAAAGGGAAGUUUUCUAUUUUUGCAUUUAUUAGGAAUAGCUAGAUACUGAUAUAUUUUAAGCAUUGUAAAUACAGAAAUAAAAUCUAU